GCCUACUGGAGAGAGAAAUAUAACUAACACACCCUACCUGUUUGGCUAGUUUCAGCUAUUUGUCGACAUGAUACCAUGCGAUCCUAGGAUUAAAAAAAACAAGUAAAUAUUUUGCUUUAUAUACAUUUAAAUAGAUCUAUGUGUUUCUAAUUAAAUGCAUAUAUUCUCUCAAAAUGCGUAGUUUGUCUUAGAUUUAGUUAAUGCUCAAUAAUUAAAUUACCAACAAAUGUAUAACGAUAUCAAAACGCCUCUGGCUAUUAUCUGGUUCAAAUAAGAGUGACUUAGAACUUUGAAAAGCGAAAAAAAAAAAUAUUAUCAAUAGUUUAAGCUAAUUAAAAUAUUUAUAUUUGAAUUAAAAUGUCUAGCUUUAACUUUAAAAAAGUUGACAAAUGGAAUUAUAUUUUAAAAAACGUUUGACAACGAAAACAGGUAAUUCCCGAAAGUGUGUGUUAAAAUUGAUUUUAAUUCAAUCAAUUUGAAAAUUAUUUUUAAACAAGUUUGAACAGAACAUUCCCAAUCCAUAAAAAUGCAAUUCACACGUGUUUUAGAUUGUGUUAAAAUAUGCAGGUAAUAAACAUUUUACUACAAAAUUUCAAAUAAAGUGGUAAGUCGUUGAUUAAACUGUGAAUUUUAACAAAAGAAAAACACGAUAUCAUUUUACAAUGACUUUGUAGUUAAUCUAAGGGAAAAGCUAUCUGGAAUGUUCAGGUUAAAAUUUAGCACAGCAAAAAUAAUAAUCACAGCUACUAGACAAAUUACCAUUGCAGGAGGAUAAUAAACCCUUGUCCAGAUUAAGUCUGGGUAUAGUUUUGCCCAUAUUACAAAUAAAAUUUAGAUUAAUAAAAAUUAUGAACACUUAGCCAAUCGACGUUUGUAUGUCCAUAGGGUCACUUAAUUUAAAGACAUGUGCAAAAAAUAGUCAGACAUUGAUGAAAGGAAAAUUUAAAAAUUGUGAUAUUAAAAGAAAAUUCAGGCUCAGCAAAGACAUGUCUACAGUUUACUCUAGACCAGGGGUUAACAAAAUACGGGCCGGAUCCGACACGCGAGACCAGGUUAUCCGUUCCGCCUACGGUACUUCAACAAGCUUAAUAAAACAUAUAGAACAAGAGACGUUGUUGUACAUUUUAAAUUUCAAUAUUAUGUUUAGAAUACUAGGAGAUCUUUACAGGCGGACAGCCCCCCCCCCCUCCUGCUGGCUGCUAUGCACCUUAAUGUACCAUUUUUAAUUUUAAAUUAUUGUAUAAAGGUUUUCUUGUUUAUUACAGAUUUCUUUACCCUUGAACGCUUAAAAUCGCACAACAUCGUUUUGAAAUCGAAAAAUACAGUAUGUUAAUAGCAAAUAAUAACAUACAGUAAAGGAAAUAAUACAAUAACUACUCGCAUCGCAGUGUCCACUGGAUCGAGUUAAGAUGGCUUGAAAAUUAUAGGUACUCCAACUCACAUUUUUUAAUACAUCUGACACACAUAAGGAGCACAUCAUUGGAAAGAGCUGGCUUUAGCUUUGCAAUGACACCAAGAUCAUCUUUUGCAAUACAAUGUUUAACAGAAUAGAAUACAUGAAUUGUGAAUUAACUUAUUAUAUUUUUAAAAAUAUGACUUUUGGCAUUUGGCAUAGAUAACGAUAAUUGACGAAAAAUUUAAUUUAAAAAAAAUUACAUAAUUAUUAAAACAAUAAAGCUAUUCAGAAAAAAAAUGUAAUAUUAGAAAGAUUGUUUCAAUAAAAGCAACCACGGCCGAGAAAUUUUUACAUUUAAAAACAUAACUUUUAAACUAAUAAAGCUACUGCAAUAAAACUUUUAGUACAAAUAGAUAGUGACAAUUUAAAAGUAAUAAAAUAGUCAAAUAUUAAAAAAGGCAAUUUAAAUAAUGCUAUCUAAAGUUAAAAAAAUGUUAUAUAAGUUGUCGAAAUUGAUGUACAUUUUUAAACAUUCAGGAUAUGGUUCAUGGCUUCCGAGCUCUGCCUACUCUUAAUCCCCAUUAAUUGGUAAAUUAAAAACAUCUUUGUAAAAAAAUUGUAUUGUGUGUUGAUCUCCUCCGGGUUGGCAGUCCAUUUCCUCAUUUCUGUAAUCCUAUUGAAGAAAACAAUGAACAAAUAAAAAAGAUAUUAGUUAUUAGAAACAUUAAAAAAAAUCAAUAUUUCUAAAGAGGCUACACAAUUUAAAAACAUUUAUGUACAUUUAAAUUUUUAUAACAUAGGACUAGAGGCUAUCUUCAUUUCUUUUCGUGUCACCUCACUCUGAAAAAUAAUUUAAUAUUAUUAUAUUAAAAUAAUAAUUAUCAUCUAUGUAUUAUUGGAGCAAAGCCUACUCAUGUAUGAACUAUAUAAGUACUUAAGUAAAACUAUUAUUAAAAUCCAUUUUUUAAAUUUUACGUACUAUAGACAAUCAAACUACUUUAUUAUAAUACAGCAAAUAUUUAUUUAACUGUUUGAAAAAACGCUUCUUAUAAUAAUUAAUAACCACUGUUUACGUUAGAGAUUAACCUCUUCCGGUAAAUCGAGUGGACAAAAAUGGCCGCCGCCGGUUGUUUUUAACUUUGGUCACAUUUCGGGUCAAAUCCUUAAUUCGUAUUAUAAUCUUUAUUGUUUUAAAUUAGUGAUUCACUUUAUAAAUGUAUGAUUCAUGAAAUUAAGUAGUUUCCAAGUGUUACCCCGAGUUUUUUUAAGUAACAAAACACAGCGAAAUCACUUGUCCAAAGACCACUUUCGAUUUAAUCGUCCCAUCGUGGUUGGAUUUCCCUUUUUAUUUAUAUCCUCGUAACCGUCAUGCACCGCGGAUUAAAAUAAAAAUAAGCAGGUUAAUCUAUUUUAAGAAAUGAUGCAAAGCAACGCUAAACCCCGGACACUACCGAAAACAGUCAGCGCCAGCUGAUCACAGUGAUAGGCCGCGUCUUCCAACUGUCCGCGAGGCGAGUAUUGGAUCACCUACCUGAGGUUUACUAAGAAAAGUAGAUGACGAAGUUCAUUAUACAGUCUGAGUUUAAUUUGUUUUGAAGAAUUGUACUUGCUAUUGAUAUUAAUUUAUAUAUUGAGUGUACGUAUAGAUAACAUUAUCAUACUCUAUCACUGGUAAAAAUAAAGUUAGCCCUACUGGUGAAAUUUAACAUGGUUCAAACUCGCACUCAGAUCAGCAUAAAACAAGAUGUAUUUAAAAAAGAAUUAACACAUGUUGACAUCAUUUAAAAAACCAACCAAUUAACUUGGGGUUGUUGUUUUUAGGAAAAGCUGGUUAAAUUUUUAAAAUAAUAAAAUCAAUUUCCACUAAGCCUAUUCCCGCUUAUAUAUUAUAGUCUGAUAACUUCCACAAACUGUAAAUGGGUGAAAGAAAGAGGAAUGUUGGAAAAAUAAGGGACAUUAAAAAUCGUAGUCACCGUGGUUGGAACUAACAGCCUUUCGACAAAUUCAGUUGUGUGGAGAACAGAAGAGCUUAGAGACAACAAAGAGCUACAGAUACGUAAGAAAGCUAGGAACUUGCUAAGGUGUUUUAUGAAGCUGGAUGAGUCUACUGAUCUCUCACAACUUCUCGUGUUUAUUUGUUGUGUCAAUUUUGACUUUCAGAUAACGGAAGAGAGAUAUCAGUUUGCAGCUUGCAUGGAACAACUUAUGUCUGUGAGCAAACAUUUAAAAAAAUAAAGUUUGUGAAUUCAUCACAUGGAACAUGAGGGAUUUAUGCACAUUUGAAAACAAUUCUUUUGAUUAGAUGCAGCAUUUCCAAACCAAAAAAUUAUGAUAUAUUGAAAGCCAAAUGCCAGUUUCACAAAUCUAGCUAACAUAUUUUGCUGCUUAGUUUGUGAGAUUCAAAUAUGUGCGCACUUUAUCUGAUGAAACUAUCUUUUUGCUAACGUCACCUUCUUAGAUAACUUUUAAAGUAAAUAAAUAAGUUGGUUGUCUUUGAAUUUUUGCAUUGCACGCCACUCACCCAUGAUUAACAUGGAAUACUAAACUUAGUAAUUCGUAAUUUUCCCCAAGAUCUUUUGUUCUGGCUUGCAAUUAUUGUACAGAAUGAUUAUCCGGCACGCGCUCGUCACUUUUUCCGUUAUCCGGCCCGCCGUGAAAAAAAUUUGGUGACCCCCACUUGUUCUAUAUUCUUUUCAUUGAAACAAAUUAUCCAGAUCUUACCAAAAAAAACAACAAAAAAACAACCUGCUGUGCCGACGAACGAUGCUUUGGCAGACUGAAACAAAUAAUAUCAUACUGUUUGUGGCUGUUAUGUUCACACAAUGACACAAAUUUCAUAACAUUCUAUUUUUAGAGAGUUUGUUGUAGACAACAAUGUUCCUAAAUAGAUUCUUCCGGUAUUUAUUUUAAUCAGAGCAAGCAUUGGAUCAUCAAAUGUCCUGCAGCACCACAUGCUUCUACUCUGAUCGAUCCAUGACAUUGUUUUCCAAUGCACGGACCCACAUGUGAUGUAAAUAUUAUUAGAGGUCUUUCCCUUAAUUUCUGUCUACUGUACUCUGGCAUACUCUAGAUCUACUAGAUGUUAAUUGUUCAGUGCAGAUUACCUUUUAAAAAAGGUGUGAAUAUUGUUUGGUGCUCGUUCAAGAAUUUCUCGAUUAGUCAAAAUUCUUACCCAUCUUUCAUGCACUGUUGCAAGUAGAAAGAAAUGUAAUCUCCUUUUUAAGGGUAUGGCUCUUUCCCAAAACAUUGCAUAAAAAAAGGCCAUAACAAAUGAUAAAAACAAUAAUAACAGAGAAAUAUGAUACUCGAAACAGGGCAAACUAGAAUUAAUAAGUUUUAUUAAGUUGAUAAUAAAGAACAAAAUUAAAAAAGAAAUAUAAUUAAAAGCUAAUACCUUACAGUACCUUUAUAUUGUGUGGCUGGUACCAGUAUUAUGUCGAAUAAAACAUGAUUUGCAAAAAGGUACAAAUAUAGAAAAGAAGUCUACUGUAAACAAAGAACUUACAGGUUCCAAAAUAACUAUCUCACGUUUUCUGCGUUUCUCUAUCGAUAUCGUGCCACUUGCCUGUAUUUAGUAUAUUCCAUACAAGAUUCGAGGUCACAAUACGCAGCAAAAAGUUCUACGGGGAUAUAAAAUUCGAGUAAAUAAACAUACGACAGAUUGGUUAGUGGUAAAGAAUAACAAAAGGAGUAUGACACGCCUAAUACUAUCGCAGUCGUAUUGGGGUCAGAUUAAGAACGUUCACCAGUAAAGGAAUAAAUGAGAGUAAAAUAUAGGAAGCCUAAAUAACACCAUCAUGGUAAUUUAUAGGCCUGUAAAUAAAUAAAACAUUAUUUUUUUCAAUUAUAAAUUUAGUUUUUGGCUUCAGUGAUGAAGGAAUCAUUAGUUAAAUUAAUUAAACAUUAUUUUAUAAAUUGUUAUAAAGUUGUUUGAUACGUGCCAUCGAGCUUCAGACAUGGUUGUUCAGAGUGCUGAGUAAAACCGCCUCGUCGCUAGACACGGGCUCUUGUCUUAAUUUAGAUAGAAGGAAUUUUAUUGAUAAUUGUUAGUCAAGAAUUUAGUGGUCAUUAGGUUAAAAGGGUUUCUUAAAAAAAAAAAACUAUGACUUAAAAGUUAUACAUUUUGUUAUCAUACAUUUGAGAUGCAUAUAAUGUUGAUGAAUUUAAUUGUUCAAUUUUUUUUAAAUAGAGCGGGUAAAGUGGGAAGUGGUAGUUUGGGUUUUUGAAAUAUUUUGUUUGAUCAACCCUAUUAUUAAAACUGGCUAUAUCAGUGCGGCGAAUACAUUUAAAAUCAUAGGUUGAUACGUGCUAUGUUAGAGGAAAGAAGAAAGUGAAACUAAAACUGAUGGAGGCAUAAUUUUUCAAAUAGACUUAAAUAUGCCCCAAAAUGUUACUUGCUUUAAUAUCCCCUAAGCCCAUCAGCAUCCAAAAAAAGGUACCAUUAUCGUUGAUUAACUAAAUAUUUGUACCCAAAAGAUACUUUUGUAGUCCAGUUAUAGCCCACACUUUUGCUAAGCAUUCUAAUUCUAUAAUGGCAUAUUUCUUUUCUGCAUUAGUCAAUUUUCUGCUAAGGUAUAAUACAGGUUUAUUAAUAUAACUGUAGGAUUGCCUUUUUUUUAGAAGAAUCUGUUGCUACAGUUAAUGGUUUGUCAUUUGUGAUAGGCUUUAAGAUUUGCUCUGACUGAAAUUGUAAUUUUAUUUGUUGUAAGGCUGUAUAACAUUCUUGUUUCUUUUUUUUUACUUCCCUCCCCCCCCCCCUUUUUUUUUUGUCAAUUUAACUCGGGGAUGUAUAAUCUGAGCAAAAUUUGGUAUAAACUGUCUGUAGAAAUUGCACAGUCCUAUCAAUGAUCAUACUUGCUUCUUGAUUGCUGAUAUUGCUAAAUUAAAUAUUUUCUGAUUGAGCUCCUCAGCAGUUUAAUUUGACUAAAUACAAUUGUAUAUAAGCUAAAAAAAAUAAAUCUUUGUUCUACAAUUUUUUAUUUGUCAGUAAAUAUAUAUCGAGCACAUUUUCUUUUAAUAUUGAAAAUACUUCUUCUAGGGUUGUUUAAUCAGGAGACCUGGUUUCGGCUGAUUGGCGGUGAAGGAAAUGCGCCGAUCUCGCUCCGUCUGGCUAUUCUGUCCGAUUUUUUUCUCGGUCAAUUCACAGUGGCGGCGUUGCUGUUCGCUAUGAAGACAAGUUGUCGCUUCAUCUAGCCUUUGUUACAUACUUUCCAUUUGAUUCACAGAUCUUUUGAAGUAGUCCAAUUAACCUUGUUUGUGGCCCAAAAGAACGUUAAAUUUAUAUGCAUUCAUUGCAUCUUCCCUUGUAGUAAUAACAAACAGACUGACGCUCUGUUUCAUCGGGAAUUCCUUAAAUAUGAUAGAUCAUUGCAACACAUUAACUUGGACUUAUAUUAUAGUAGGUGAUAUGAGCUUUCCCUUCGACCAGCCUCAGACCGAUCCACUGCUAAAAAUAUGAUCUUUGGAUUAGUGUCAUCUUUAGUCAACCAACCCACUUUUAAUUGUGGACAUGUUAUGGAUUGGGUGUUACAUUAAGUGCCAGGGCGGUGUUGUCACAUCUAUUUAAAUCACCAAUAGCUAUCCUCAGACCACUUCUGUGAUAUUUGCGAGCUUUAUGUUAGCAUCCUACUCUUUUCCCCCAGUUCAGGGAGGACCGCAGUCUGCAUACUAUAAAAAGUGAUGCCUUUUAAGCAUGACCUGAAUUUUGAAGUUCCCCCCCCCCCCAACACACACACUCUGCCCUACUUUGAAAACACUAGACAGCAAUGCGCGCUGUGCUUGACCAGCACACCCUUGUUAUCCGACCUAAUGUUAGGCCAGCACAGUCAGCUCCCUGGUAUGAGGCUAUACGAGUAGACGACACGUUUAUGUCAUCUUUCGCCGUGAAUAGAAUUCGGCUGACCCCAAUUUUGUUACUGCGUUUUGUUUGUGGCUAGUUGAAAAUAGUCACCCUUGACCAUGUUUACAAAUAAAGACAAAUUAAAUUUAUAGCCUGUAUUGUUCAAAUUUAUUGCAGUAUUGAGACUAAUCAUGAAAGGAAUACAAUGUGUAGGCCCGUUCUAGAAAUGUCCCUGAAACCGGAUAUCGAUUCCUCUAGAGUGAUUGACCGAUUAGAAAAUAUUUGUUAUCACGAUACCAGACGAUGAUUUUUAUAUUUAUACUUACUUCUAUCCCUCGCUCUCUCUCUCUCUCUCUCUCUCUCUCUCUCUCUCUCUGUGUGCGUGUACUUUUUUCAACAUUGUAGCUUUUUCAACAUCGUCACUGUAAAUGCGUCACUGUACUGUAAUUUAGUAGCUUUAUAUUUUUAAAUUUAUUUUUGAAUUUGUAACAUAUUAAAUCAAUAUUUAUAAUUAUCCCUACUUUGGGUAUCGGUUCUUAAUUAUCGUAUAUAAUUGAUGGUAUAGUCUUUGUGUUGUGUACUGUUUCUCAACUAACCAUAUAGACACAUACGUGAUUGAAUUCUCGAUAUUAAUAACAGUGGGUAAAAAAUUGAAAUCUCUCAAAUCACACACCCGGGAUAUAUUGACCAUCUAAGCCUUCAAAACUGCACUUAAGACACAGCGCUUUAAACUCUACUAUUUCCACUCAUUCUCCCCCCCCCCUUCUGACCAAUAAACAGUGAUCGGGACUGCUGGGUGCCGUCCAUUGCUAGAAAGGGGUCAAUAGUCCUUGGGUGGGCAAAGUCAAUAUUUUGACACGGCUCUUUUGAAAUAAAUCAUUUUAUGUAAAGGUUUUGUAUGUCAUAUUUCUCUUUUUUCUUUUCUUUUUGCUAAUGUUUAUGUAAAGCGAGGUGAGCCUAGCCCUAGACUGGAGUUACGCGCUAUAUAAGACAACUUUAAUAACAAUAAUGGCAAACUUGUUUCUUAAGAGAAUUUUCAAUGUCUUUAAUAAUACCAAAACAUAUUUUUGAAGCUUUUUUUCAUAACUUUAAAAGAAAGUAAAAACUUCUAUUAAUUUACCUUCAUUUUCUACUGUUUUCUAAACUGAUUAUACACUUUUUUUCCCCAGAAUAAAAUAUAAUUGACAAAGACAAUGAAGCUUUUUAUCUUCAUUUUGGCAUUUGUUGAAAGCGUUGGUAAGUAAAUUAAAUUUCCCUUUAAGUUAAAAAACCAACAACAUUUGUAAACAUAAUUUAUAAAGUUUAUUCGAUUAUUUGCCAAGAGAAUUUGUUAAGAACCCGGUUCUACCCGAAGGUUCGAUGGCCUCGUUGUCUAGGGGGUUUAAUAACUACACAAACCAUGAUUCUCAUAUUAAAUAUCUUUAUUAACGAACUAAUUCUUCAACUUCCAUUACUGAACUCCAAGACCACACUCUACACAAUAAUAAUAAUUACGCCAUAUCCCCUCUCGCACAAUACGUCACAAAAUAUCAAACAUUUUAUAACAACAUCUAACCAAAUACUAUCUAAACAACACGCAAUCUUAAUAUACAUUCAAGUCCUUAACAGCAAUUAAACAAGAAUAUAUACACAAAUGUAACACAUUGUAAAACAUGUAUUUUCCUUUUCUAAUACAAUAUAAAUUAUGACACGAUUUUACCGACAUAAUAAUGGAAGACAUUUUACGUUACCCUCUAAUAGCUAUGCGAAAUGUUGUUUGUGUAUAUUCUCUUUCUAUUAAUCAAUUUCAAUUCCAGCUAGAACCAAACACACAAACCCAUUUUCACUUUUGUAACUUAUUCUUUUUUUAAUAUAUUAAAUCACAAAAGAAAAUUAAAAACAGUUUCCCACGAAUUAAAAAAAAAAUGAAUAGGCCUAGAGAAGUUAAAUAAAAAUAUGUUUAUUUUGUAACAUUAUUGGGUUGUUAAAAAUCAGUAUAUACUUUCUAAGGAUACGCAACUGAAUUAUAAAUGAGUACUUUUUAAGGGUUCACAUUAACUUAAAUAUAUAGCAAUAUACAAUUAAUUACUAAAUAUCACUAUUAUUUUUUUUUAAAAUUCCAAAGCUCAUUAAAAAAAAAAAAAGAAAAGAAGCACAUUUGUGAUACAACUGUGGAUAUAUAUAAUUGAAGGUAUNCGCUCUUUUGAUCUUAUAUAUAUAUAUAUAUAUAUAUAUAUAUAUAUAUAUAUAUGUCCUUAUAUAUGUUAUAUACAUUAAGCGAAUAAGUGAAUAACAACCAAAUUUAGAAUCGCUAUACCUAGUGACCCAAUGAAGGGUCUCGGAAAUGUUUACAAAAAGUAAAAUUUGAGAAUGGACAAUACUGUUAAGAAAUGUCUUAGAGGUGCAACAUUUUGAGAAUUUAGAGAUUCCUUUUCGUCCACAAAUUUAUAAUAAAUGUCGCUGUUAGAGUACGCGCUGUUAUUUAGUUGUGUCAUUAUUUGUAAUUAUAUGUCAGAAUGAUGGUAUUUUUAACAUCCUAUAUAUUAACUUCGCUUUUUUUAACUGUGUUUCUUUCUGGCUGAGAUGUGGUAAAAUCACCCGACGGCUAAUGAACCAACUUUCAGUCAACCUAUCGAGUUGAAACUUGGCACAUAGACUCGUUGCCAAUGAUAACAAUUUUUUUAGCCCUAAUCCAAACCAAACCCCCGAAAAUCAGUUGUACCUUUUCUUGAAGAGUAAGAUGAAGGAAAUAGGAUGACAAACAUUUCACAAAAUAAAAUUACCGAUAACUACGCUGAAUGAGAUUCUAAAAAUCAAAAUACCACAUUUGCGUUUCGCGUGUAAUAUUUUUUUAAAAGAUGGUUGAAGAAAUAAACCUGCGGUGGAGAAACGAGUGGGACAUUAUAAUAUGUUAUAAAAUUUAAAAUAAUGCAUAAAAGUGAUUUAUUAAAAAAAAUAUUUAGCGAUGUUUAAUUUUCUUGUUAUAAGUGAACUCAUGCACACAGGACCAUGUUUUGGCUUGAAAACACUGUGUUAUGUAGCAUACAUUCCCCGUGCUUGAAUUUUACUUGACCUAAAUUAGAAUCCUAGCAGACAGUAACGUCUGUUGCGGGCAUGGCCUAUUCGUUUGAUGUAUCUUGUUUAUAACUGUGUUUACCAAUUAAACAUGUUAGACUGUCUUCCUGGUAUUUUCUCGAUUGUGCUCGAUAACCCAAGAAAUGUAAACAACACGUCAUAAGUCUUUUCUGGAAGGCAGGGCUUACGCGACUUAUAAAAGGGAUUGACAGGCACGGACGGAGAUAACGAUAGGUUUUAUUAACUACACGAGCCGUGUAUUGUUCCUUGUGUUCUUAAAUAUGUGUUUAUUUGGCAUUUCAUCAUCAUUCAUUGGCACCUUUUUCUAACUGAGUUAACUGUGUACCGGUACAAGAUCUACAAUACUGUAAGUUGAUGAUUUGUAAUGAUAUUUAUUUUCUUUUGUAAUUACAUUAAUAUUUAUUAAAUCUUAUUAAUUUUAAAUAGAAACUGUUUUGGGUGUUUUAUCUUUAAUAUUGUUGACUUUAUGGUAUCGUCCUUUGUUAGGCAGUGCUUACAAUGAGCGAAUUAAAAUUAAAAUAGGAGAAUAAUUUCUCAUAUUAGAAGCCAGUGCAUAAAAACUGUUAUAUAAGAAUUAUAUGAAAUAAGAGUCAUGAGUUAACACAUUUGUGGUGUUGGAUUGCAGUAACACUUUUUUGAAUAGGCAGUUAAUGCUAUUUUUUUGUAAAGGAUAUGUAGGAUUCUAGGAGACGUAUAUUCUGUCCUAUAUGUCAGUACUUAUUUUUGAGACAAUUUGAAUUGUAGUGCAUCCUUAGGAAGAAAGUCAAGAAACCUGAACUUUUAAUGCGUCUCACGGUUAAUUGUGUUCAUACUAUACAUCAGCCAUGAUUGUCGAUAGAUGAAAGAAACUGAGUUCUACUCUAUUGUUUUCUGUGGCCAUAAUGAUGGGGACCCAAUCCUAGAAAACGUCAUAUCUGCUUCAAGAAGGCUGUGUUUAUGUUAUUUUCUUAGAUAGUAACAUUAGAUUUUAGACCAUAUGUUAACUGUUAAAAUCAACCAAAUUAUUUUUAAUAAAUGACAGUAAAUGUUGGACCUGUAUUUUAUAUCGAAGAAAAAUCCUUUUUGACUAACCCUAUUUUGAAAGUGACCAACUGAGAGUGUCAGUUUUUCUCCUUAAUAACACUAACGUCAAUUUUAAUGUGGGUUCUUUGAUACUGUGUCAGGUUGCUACGAUUUAAACAAUUAUGGUUGUGCAUUACCCACUAACUGACUUUUAAAACUUUUGUCAAAACUGCACUUUGGUCAUGUUUGUCUCAUAAAAUGCUAGAAAAUAAAAACUUUUAUUCCGAUUUUUUAAUAACUUUUUUACCAUUAUAAUCAACUUCCAAAUCUAUAAAAACGUAAUGAAAAUCAGAAUUUGUCUAGUUGGUGAGAUUCUAUUGAAACUUUCGUGGAUGGUCAAAUUAUAGUUAUAAGAAUGGUGAAAACGCGCGAGCCGCAUUUACAAUUAAACUUUGCUGUUAUGUAGCGGGCUGCAAAAUAUGGCGUGUGUAUACAAUGUUUCAAAGACCAAUAAUUAAAAAUUUAUAUAAAAAAAUAACAAUCAAAGUUACACCGUUUUUUUCAAAAAUUAAUAUUAUAAGCUAAAAAAUUUGUUCUGUUUUAGGUCACUUCAAAAUAUUUCGAUAGCCACCAUUUUCUUUCACAGACAACAAGGCAAAGUUUACCCAAUGGACAUCUAGUAGAGGUUUACACAAGGGUUAAGAUGAAGCGAAACUCUCUAGUAACUGCCUAUCAAACAUAACCACUUCGAUUACACACACUGGCAGGGAUUCUCAGAUUAAAGAAGAGAGCCCCGACUGGCACCGGAACUGCCUAAGUCCCUAUGGAUCUAGUCUUUAAUCCCGAUAGUUGCAUGAUGAUCACUGUUCGAUGUGAUAUCGUUGUUAACUUUAAAAUUUCUAGUGUUGCCGAAAGGGGAGUUUAAAAAUCACUGAUCAUGCUCGAACUCGUAAUAAGACCUUGUUAAUAAAUGUGCCAGAUUCUUCGGCUUAGCAUAGGUUUUUGUUUCUGCUUGACUCUGAAGCGAUUGGUUUCGUUUUUCAAAAAAGUCACACGAGAAAAUGUUCAUGCAUUUUUCUUGAUGGGUAAUAUUGUGAUGUUGGAACUCAGGCAAAUAGAAUGCAACGUGCAACUCAUCUUACAGGCCUGAGAUCCGUAGGAGGCCCCCAAAGCAACGAAUUGAUUCGUGUGACUCCUUUGUAUACGGUAUUUAAAACACUUUGAACACCUUUUAACAAAAAACUUGAUUAUACAUUCUUUUGCUCUGUCAGAUAGAGGAACCUGCCAAUAACCUGAUAGUAGGUCUAUCUUGGCUACAUAUUUGGCAUAACCUAUUUGAUCUAUAAGAUCGUCUAUCCUUGGAAUCGGAAAGGAAUCAUUCUGUGCAAAUGCAUUCAAUUUCCUGAAGUCAGUACAAAACCUGUAACUUUUGUCAGGCUUUGAGACUAAAAUACAUGGUGAACUCCAGUUACUAGAGCUUAGUUCAAUUAUAUCAUUUUCAAGCAUGUAUUUUAUUUCAGACCGGAUUAUUUCAAGUUUUUCCGGAUUGACCCUAUAGGGGUUUUGCUUGACCGGAACUGCAUUGCCAAUGUCAACAUCAUGUACAGCAAUGUUAGUUUUAUUAGGCACAUCAGGGAAAAGUAAACAAAAUCUGCAAUAACAGACUUAACAACAUCCUUCUCUGACAAUGACAAAUGUCCUAGUUUCUUAUCCAAGUUGGCCAGUAUUUCUUAAUAUUUAAGUUUCUAAUUAUCAAAUUUUUCUGGUACACUAUCAAAGGUUUCAGUAACAUUUUCUUUAAGUACUGAAGUUACAGUUGAGAUUGUGUUAACAUUAGGUUCUGAGGAUGGACAAUGGUCAUCACAUUUUCUCGCAAAAUAUUCUUUUAACAUAUUAAUGUGACAUAACUGUUUCUUUCUUUUACGAUCUGGUGUUAACACAAUGUAAUUUAAAUCAUUAAGUUUGGCCUCAACUCCAUAAAAGUUUAGUUUUGAAUUUUUGGACAUAGUCAAGAAGUCCUUCCGUGGGUUUCGAUGACAUCCACGUGUCUUUUAAAAGUUUAAGGGGACCGCGUACCGUGUGGCCAAACACCAGUUAGAAGGGGCUGAAUCCAAGUGAUUCUUGAACUGCUUUUCUUGCGGCAAUUAGUAGCAUGUUGAUGCCUUCGUCCCAGUUUUUCUCUUGUUUUAGGCAGUACGUUCUCAUCAUGUUCUUCAACGUCUGAUGUAAUCGCUCAAGUACUCCCUGUGACUCAGGAUGAUAUGCACUCGACAAGCAGUGUUCUAUGCCCAACUGGUUCAUCACUUGUUUAAAUAGUCCAGCCUUGAAGUUUGUUUCUUGAUCAGAUUGUACCGACUUUGGAAGACCAAACAAUGUAAAAAACUUCGUUAAGUUUUUGACGAUGUUCGGAGUCUUGAUAUUACGAAGAGGAAUUGCUUCUGGGAACCUUGUUGACGCACACAUGAUUGUCAACAAGUAUUGGUGACCUGAUUUUGUCUUUGGCAGAGGUCCUACGCAGUCUAUAAUAACGUGACUGAAAGGUUCUUCGAAUGCUGGAAAGGGUUGAAGAGGAGCUGCUGGUAUCUUCUGAUUUGGUUUCCCUACCACCUGACAAGUAUGACAUGAUCUGCAGUAGUCAACCACAUCUUUCUUGAUUUUGGGCAAAAAGAAGUGCGACGUGAUUUUGUGAUAUGUCUUCUUUACUCCCAAAUGACCUGAAAAUGGUGAAUCAUGGGCUAAGUUCAGGACUUCGUUCCGGAAUGGUGUAGGAACUACUAUUUGAUGAACUAUCCUCCAUUCGUCGUCAGCAUUUGCGUCUGGAGGUCGCCAUUUUCUCAAAAGUAUGUCAUCUUGAAGUUAAUAACUAACAGGGAAUUGGUCAGCUUCUUCUUGGAUCAAAGCGUUCUCUCGAAGUUUGACUAUUUCUGGAUCACUUUUCUCUACUUCAAUAAGUUGCAUUUGAGUUAGAGUCUUGUAAUUAUUAGCCUCUUCGUUUAGACUGGCGAAAAAUGUUUUUCCCAGGUCAAUUUCAAGUAGAAUUUUAUUGCUUUUUUGUGAAAUCUCUUUUGCGGAGAUCUUGGAACUCAUGGCCCUUGUCACAGCACAUGCUGGAUACAAUUCUUGAUCUUCUUCCUGAUUUUGAGUUAAAAAAGGUUCAUGAGUAACAAUGGGUUCGGCUAUUACCUUCCCACCAGCUUCCUGAGACUAGUUCUGAUUUCAGAUUGAUGCUAUGUAAAGGUACAUUAAUGCAUCUCAGCUCUACACCUCGUAACAGGAUGUUUCUCCCAGUAGCAGUAGAUUCAGACAAGGGAAGUAUACCCUCAAGUAAGAAGGACUGUGAAGCACCUGUAUCUCGUAAGAUUUUGAUUGGUCAUAGACUGGACAAAUCACCUGGCAGUGAUACGAAUCCUUCCGAUAUGAAAGGCAUGAAGUCUUGUAUGAUAUCAGUAGUUUCUGAUGUAGAAUUUUAGACCUUGGUAGGUAAACUCUUGUUGGAGUCUUGAGAACAUUCGUCUAGGGUAGAGGAAUUAAAACUCUGUGUAGAGUCGUCAAAACUUGCACACAAGUCCUCAGUAAAGACGCCCUCUGGUGGUGGACCUAUUAUUGGAGCAAAAGGAUCUUGGCGACAAGGUCAUAAAACUAGCAGUCAAAGCAGGAACUUGGCUGGAGUCAGUAAAACUAGCCUUUUUGUUCAUAAUGGAACUCGUUGAUGAGUCGUGACAAACCUCUUUGAAGUUUGUAUGGGCAUCUGGAGAGCAAAAACUCUUGAAUUUUGAAAAUGUGUUUCCAGAUGUAUGACGAGACGUACAAGCGGAGACUUUGUGUUGUGUACCAGGAUGUGUGGUCUUCUCAGUUUUAUUCUUGAGUUUCCAGCAAUCAUCCAUCUUAUGUCCUUCUUUCUUUUAGUAGGCACAUGUGUCUUUUGUACCAAUUUCUUUAGUACCGGGCUUGAAUGGUUUUUUGAAGAUUUACUGCAAGUGGAUAAUGUUGCCUUAUUGUGUCUGUCUUUUUUGGUGUCAAAUGGGUUAUUUGAGAAUUUUCGUGUGAUGGUGAAGUCGUCAGCUAACACUGCUGCCGUAUGUGCGUCACCUUCACCAUGGUUUGCAAUAUGUAUUCGCACCUCUGUACGAACACAAUUCUUGAACUCCUCCAUCAGACUGAGGUUCUUGAACUUUUUGAAGUCUGUGUCGGUGUUGGUUGCGUGGAGCCACUUGUCCAGGAUUCGUUCCUUUUCACGGAGGAACACAACAUGAGUCUAGCCAUCACGUUUCCACAGUUCCCUAAACUUUUUACGGUAUGCUUCGGGGACACAUUCAUAAGCCUUCAGUAUUAAAGAUUUUACAAAGUUAUAGUCCCCGCGCACAAAGACACAAAGACUUCGGCUGCCCUUCCUGUGAAAGCUGCUUGAAGUAAGGUGGACCACAUAGUUUCCGGAAUAUUAAAAUUUUGUGCAGUUAUUUCAAACUGCACAAAAUAUUGGUCAACCUCCUUGUCAGCAAAGUUUGGGAUUACUUUUGCAAAUUUAAUUGCAUCGCAACCCUGAUAGGAAGGAGCCGUGAGUCUAUUUUCCAUUUCUCCCAAAUUGGCCGUUAUUUCCAUUUCUUUUAAUUUUAUUUAUAGCUAUUUUUGCACUUCUAGCUACAGCUGUUUAAGCUCUCGUUCUUUAUCUAACUCCAGCUGCUUAAGCUCACGUUCUUUUUCUUUCUGGGCAUCUAGUUCCAUUUGUUUGAGCUUUAGUUGGAGCUCCAUACUUGGAUCAUUCGGUUGUGUGACUAAGGCCAGUUCGUCCUCCGACAACACCUCUUCAUCCACUAAGUGGACUAUGAUCAUAUCUCGUAUGGUCUUUUUUACUGCCGAAAAUAUUUAGCAAUUGAAAAUAGCUCCUUUCUAGAACAUUUGUCUAAUGCCUCUACUGAUGGGUUUUCAAAUCAAAAUCCACUUUGAAACAGGCAAACUAUAACACUUAGUUUUAUUUUUUAAAAAAUUAAGCUAAGUGAACAGACUUAUUACAAUUGAAUAUUAAAUAAAAUUGUAACCAGCUCUGUUGUUGGUAUAGUAAAAAUGUAUCGUGUUCUCAAAAUUAGUCUGAGUAUAUUAAAGUAAACAGUGGGUCUAAAUCCACAAACAAACACUCAAUGUAUUAUUAGUGUAUUAAAAGUUAUGGAUUCAGUUAUCCUCGAAUUUGUUAAAAUUGGGGACUAAUGAGAAUAAAGUAUGUAUUCGGUUAUCCCCGGAAGAGCCCACAAUUUGUUACGCACUGACUUGUAUAGGGAGAAAUUAAUCUCCUAUUUUAAUUUUAAUUGGCUCGUUUUAAGCAGUGCCUAACAAACGAUGAUACCAUAGAAUCAACAAUAUUAAAGAUACGACACCCAAAGCAGUCUCUAGUUACAAGGAAUAAUAUUUAUUAUGUCUUAAGAUAAUUACAAAAGAAAAGAAAAUAGAAUGACAAUCUUCAACUUACAGUAUGGUAGAUCUUUUACCGGUACACAGUUAAUACAGAUAGAAUAAUGUGCCAAUGAAUAAUGAUGAAGUGCGAAAUAAACACAUAUACGUAUGAGCACAAAAAUACACAAAGAAUAAUACACGCCUCGUAAAAUUAAUAAUUUCUAUCUGAAUCUCCGUCCCUCCAUCCGUGCCUUUCAAUCCCUUAUAUAGGUCGCGUAAGCCCUGCCUUCCAGAAAGAUUUAUGACGUUUCUAGCAGAAUCACAAUUAUUCUACAAAAUACCAGGAAGACAGUCUAACAUGUUAAAUUGGUAAAUACCGUUGUAAAAUAGAUACUUCAAACGAAUAGGCCACGCCCACAACAGACGUUACUUUCUGCUAGGAUUCUGAUUUAGGUCAAAUAAAAUUCAAGCAUAGGCAAUGUAUGCUACAUAACAAGACACAAAAGCUUAUAUAACCAUGUCUGAACCAACAAAUACAGAAACAUAUCAACAAAAGAUUUAAAUUUAAAUUGAAUCAUCCAAAAACAUCAAUCAAAUUGAAUAAAAAAGAGCAAUGGCAACAAUGGAAAAAAUGGAAUUUAAAAACAGUGAAAAGAACAGGAUGAUAUGACACAGAAUGCAGAGAUCUCAUUGAAGAAACAAACUGAUGCUGCAAAUGCAUAUAUAAAAAGCACGGGUUUUAUUUAUAGAAAGAAAAAAAAAGAACGACCAUUGGAAAAAAUAAGAAAUAGUAGAGAUGUAAAAAUUGGCAAAAGAAAGAGACGUUAAGGGAAUGUACCUGAAGAUGAAACAGACAAAGAACGUCUUUCAAGCAGGAUCCCACAUGUGUGAAAGUAUGGGUGGAGAACUGAUCACAGAGAGCAGUAGGGUACUAGAGAGAUGGGCACAACUCUUAGAACGCUUACUGAAUGGCUAAGGUUGAGGAAAAAAUUAGGAUUUUGCUCUACAACAAGGAGGACCGGACAUAUCGUCAACAAACCAACACUGAAUGAAAUAAAAUAUGUGAUCUUUACCAUGAAAAAUAUUAAAGCUUCAAGAAUAGACUUUAUCAUUUAAGAUCUGAUAAAACUAAGUGAAAACAAACAGCAUAGCAAAUUUCUUCUCGAGAAAUGUCACGAAUAUAACAUUAAUCUCACACUAACUAGGGGUGACAACCCAAAGGCAGACGGCUCAGAAGACUGAGAUAAAACGACGAUGUAGACAAGGACUUACAACCACUGAGUGUUCAGGAAUUCAGGCGGAAAGUAAAUGAUCAAUCAGAAUGGAAGGAUAUGGUGGAGCAGGCCAGUGCCCUACAUGGGGUGUAGCGCAACUAAUGAUUAUGAUUGACAUUAUCGAUUAAAUAUGCUGUGCCUCACAUUUCCACAAUUCUAAACCUUGAUUCAUAAAUUGUUUACGUUUAAAUGCGUUCUAUUUGUUCCAAAGAAGGCAAUCUGGUGACGCAAUCUCUAGAACCUAUUUUCUGGAUGGUUCUUAUUUAGCGACUAUAUAUUAAUAUAGCCAGACAGAUUUCCUUGGUAGUAGAGAAUUUUGCAAAUUUCCUAGAUAUUAACGAAACGUAAUAUACUUAGAUUCUUUAUGAGUGUUUUUAAAUUAAUGUUUGUAUUUUUCAAGGAUUGUACCUUUUCACUUUCUAGUCUUUUUUGUUUGUAUUGUAGUGGGUCAACACUAUAUUUAAAAAAACCAAAAAACAAACAACACACCAAUAUCUUACCUCUGAUUACGUCACAAAAGUAAACUUUGGUUUAAAGAUUAUUCUUUGAGAUAAAUAAAAAACAAUUUCAUCAUUUUCCCAAAAUGAAAAUAUAGGCUGCGCAAAACUGACAGUAAUGAUACUCUCUGAUAUUGAACGUUUUUAAUAAUUUUGUUAAUGGUGUGUAUGUCCAGAUGGCACGUGAACAUACAAAAGAAAACAUUAUAUGAUACGCAUUUUUGUGGGAAAUCGGUUCCUCACCAAUGCCAAAAAUAUCAUAGUUUAGCCAAAUAAUUAGAUCUUAUGUUAGUAAUCGAUAAGUGUCACAAUGAUUGAAAAAAAAAAGAUUUAAUGGACAAUUUCGAUGGAUAAAUUUAAAAAGAAAAGAAAAGAAAACUACACCAAACGGUGCCGGAAAGGUACUCUGUAAACGGAAGUAUAAGCGUGAUUGACCUGUAAGUAUAUUCCAAUAAAAAUCUUGAUCCUAGUAUACCAUUGCCAGAUAUUUGAAUAACACAUUCAGUUGGCUCGUGUAUAGGGCUUCGCGGUUAAAGAAAAUUCACACAUUUUCUUCUAACAAUCGGUGAACGGACUUAUUGCUGAUGUUCAGAUUGAAGGAUGUUCCCCAUAUACUCUAUUGGGGCGAAUGUAGCAUCUACUGGUGAACAGGGGACAGAUACUUAAUGCUGAAAUCUUCCUGUAUAUCUCUUUCGUUUACACAAUACACUUCCACAACGGCAUAAGUUGGUAAAAAAUGAGAACAUAAUUGUAGUACAUGGUGCCAUCUUUAUAAACAUUUCUUGAAAUUAUUCUGACACAUUUUUUCAACCGCCCAACCCCAUUUUUUUUCCUUCACACUCACUUCAACACUUGCGUACUAGCCAAUAUAAUUUGACGAAUUUACAACUACUUCUCAAAUAGAUCACUUUUCACACGAGAACACGCUGGGGCUGGAGAUUUUACCGUUUACAAUCGCAAGACGUAAUCAAAAAUGAGGGAUUUUUAGUACUGUUACUUUUGCCAAUACUGUACUAGGUUAGAAUAAGUCGACAUUUCCCGCCUAAAUUUAAAGAGGAUGUGAAAGUCUAAAAGCGCUAAUACAUCAAUAUUUUAAUAUAAAUAUUUUAAAAGUUAAUUUUUUUUUAGUUUUAUCUUUUCGCUUUGACCUAUUCCUUACUAAUUCUAUAAUUAAUUUAAUUAUUAUUAUUCCUAUUUUGAUUGAGAAGAUGACCAGGCAAUAUUCGACUUGCCACCCAGCACCCUAGAGUAGUAAUAAUAAAUGGAUGCACUAUAAAAAAAUAAUUAUACAUUUUCACACGAAUGGUAAUUUUUUUUUUUCAUGCGCUCUAUUUAAGCAACUAUGAAGGGCAAUAAGAUAACAGAUGUGAAGUGCAUCCUGACUGCAACAACAGUAAAAUUGUCUUGUCAAGUGGCUUGCUCUAUCUUUCCAGAAAUGAAAUUCGUGGAGUUUCAAUAUCAGCGUGAAGAGGAUAAAGAAUUUAUUUUUGUGAGUUUCAUCAUGACAUGAAAAUUAAUAAUAAUUAUUACUAUUAAUUUAAGCAGAAAACUAUUGUAACUGCUUCAUUAGACAUAUUAAAUUUAUUAGAAAAUGCCAAUAUAAAAUGAUUAAUCCUCCUUUACAGAAGGUCUCUAUGUCUCUCAGAUUUUUCUAAUCACUCAAUUAUUUCAUUCCAGCUGUGGAAUAAUCAAAGUUCUUUUAAAGAAUGUCUUGAAAGGAACGGUAAAAUUGAAGGCGAAAAAAUAGAAAACACAAAAUAUUUAUCUGGUGCAAAGAUACAAGCGUGUGUAAAUGGAGAUAAUCCAUUAGAAAUGAAAUGCAGCGAUGAAAGUACACAUUGUACUGACGAAAAUGGUAAAGUUUCAGUUUUUUAAUACUAAAAUUCAUAACUUUAUGUUUUUUAUGUCCCUCUAGAAGCUUUCAAAAUUUUGAUACCAAGAUGCCAAAAAAGUAUAGUUUUGUGGUAAGUAUCAGUUAUUAAAAAAUAUACUUUUUUUACUAUGCGAGGUCUUUUAUAGCCUUAAUACAGUCUGAUUUUACAUUUUAGCUAGUUUUUGAUACACAGAUUUAUAACUGUGUAUCAAAAAGGAAUACACAAAUUCAAUUUUCCGCUUUUUAACGAUUUUUUUUUCACUUCCAUUUCCAUCUUGUAAGUCUUUGUUCCAUCGUAUUUUUUUACUAACACACGUAACCCUUUCUUUCGUUAGGUUCAUCGGCUGUCUCGUGCUGACCCGAAAGGCCACCCGAGUUGAUGGCAUAGAGUUACAGCUCCGGUUUGCUAGGCUAAAGGGUAGGGGUGGCUCAGGCGGUGGUUGAUGGGGGAAAAAAAAAGAUGAUUAAAUAAAACAACCCACACGUUCGUUUUUAAUAACCAUCGGUCAUAACUGUGGGAUUUUAGGAUGUGAUGGGGGAAAUUUUGAGGUCAUAGCAUUUCCGCACUUAGACUCUGAUCAAAGUACUGCAAGUAGUUGUUAAAUUAUAUUUUUUAGCUUGUCACUGGGUCAAGAGGUAAGUCACAACACGCGGGAUUUUGUAAGAAUCCAUUAAAAAAUAUUCUUUUGUGGAUAUGUUGUAGCAGGAGUCUCAAACUCAAAUCUCCGGGGGCCGCAGGAGGUAGAGUCUAAUUGAGAUGGAUAGUAUCAAGUAUUCCGCAAAAAGAUAUUACAAAUUCAAUAAUGUUCAUGUUUGACAAUAUACUUAACCUAAAGUAAUGACAAAUAACAAUUUUAAGAGUUCUCGAGAACUCGGAUUCACUUAAUUCCUUCUACUCCUUGUUAAGAGACCUGGCAGCGCCUAUUCUGACAAACCUGAAAUACAUAUCCACUGAGACCCUCAAUAUAGCUUGAUGCCCAGAAAGUUUAUUGUCUCGUUUAACGUCAUAGUAAAAAAGAGCUUUUCACACAGAUAUGUACUCCAAAAUAGGCACAUGAUCCGCUUGAACAGCUUGGAGAUGUCAGGGAAGGUGGAAAAAAAUUCUCUCAUAAAUUGUCCACGCUUGUCUGUUUUCCAUUCACUAGCAGAACUCAGCCUUGUGUUUAGAACUGCACUGAAGAUAAAACAGUUCCAUUUGAAGCGUAAAAGUUACCAAAGGAGCAUUUUUAUUUUGAAAGGAGAAAGGUUCAGCAAAAAUUUGAAAAGUUGCUCUGUGUGUUUUGAAAUCUACAAACCUAUGAGCCUUAUCGUAGAAAAGGCAUUAUUGAAUCAUCCAAUUUUGAAAGUGACUAAGCUGUUAGGUUUGAAAUUUCCCUCACUCAUUUACACUGGUGAUACUUAUAGGGCUUCUUUAAUACUGUGUCAGAUUGCUACGAUUAACACAGUUAUGGUUGUGCAUUAACCAGUAACUGACUUUAAAAUUUUUUUGUUGCUAUUUGUAUAUACACUAAUGGAAGAAUAUUUUCUCAAAUAAAAACUUUGGCCAUGUUUGUCUCAUAAAUUGAUGUAAAAUUCAAACUUUUAGUUUGAUUUUAUAAUGGUUUUUACAAUUAUAGUCAACGUCCAAACCUAUAAAUACAUCAUAAAAAUCAGAAUUAUACUAGUUAGUGAGAGUCGACUGAAAGCGUUGCGGAGGGUCACAUUAUAUAUUGAGAAUGGAGAAAACUAGCGGGCGGCCUAAACACCAAACUCUGCUGUCAUGUAUUGGGCAACAAUAUAAUCAUCUUGGGGGCUGCGAAUGGCAUGAGGGCCGCGAGUUAAGACCCCUGAUUAAAGUAUUAAAGUAGUCAUACUAAAAAGUAGAACAUACAAAAUUAUAAAUUAAAAAAAAGACUUUGUAUUAAAGUUUAUUAAAGUUUUUUAUGUAAAGUAAGACUGCGCGAAAACUAUUUUAGAAAAUUAUUUAAAAGAAAUACAUUUUAAAGUGUGUAUUAUAUUUAAUUGAGGGGAGCAAAUAUUGAGACUAUGUCAUGCGAUAACAAGUUACGUCAAACACGAGUGGUAACGAGAUAGCCUAUACUUCAGAGAUUUCUGGAGCAUUCUAUGUAAGGGCAAUGUAGUAUAUGUGUAGCAUAUUCUAAAUAUAACUUCAUGGUCCAAACAACUGCAAGAGAAUGGACACAAUUUUUUAAUAAAUGUUUCUUACACCAACCUAUUUACUUGCUCAUUGUGUGGUGGACAAAACAUAUUGAACGCCCGCAACUGCGUUUUAGAGGCGUGAGUAAAUGAUUACUUAAGGCAGUUGACAUCAACUUAAGCAAAUAGAGAUCACUGCUGAUUCACGUUACGACUAGUAAACAAUGUUUAAAUUUUAGCAAAAAUGACAGAGCGGGCAGAAAACCGUAAGCCCAUACAAAGUCAAACCACAAGUCCUGUGGAUAUCUUGUAAACUACUCCUGGAUAGAUGCUUUAAGCUGGGGUUCCAGCUAGAUUAGGUGACUUUUAGAAGCAAAAGCAAUCUGAAUAUUUAAUUUAAAAAAACAAAAGAUAAUUUAUCUGAUAAUAAUGUUUGUAGUCUUUAAAAUAUUAUGUUGUUACAAUUUCUUCGUGUUUUAAUACUUUUCUUCAGCCUUACGUUUCUCCUGUCAACCGCUCUGUUUGAUUUAUGGUGAUGACUAUGCAUUUUGUUUUGAUUUUAAUGUUACAAAUUAUUUCAAUAUCGAGUACUAGGAAGAUUUAUAAAAUUUAAAAUGUCAUUUAAAAAAAUAUUGACUUUAAAGCCCCUUUAAUAUUUUAAUAUCCAAUUGUUUUAGAGGAAUAUCCUAUGUCUACUUGGUUCUUAAAAUAAUUGUGGUUACCAAAAAAAUUAUUUUGUCGUAAAUUGUAAAUAUCAUGUGAAGUCUCCCAUUUUGAAAGCUCAUUUGCCUAGUUUUACAAUAAGUUGAUAGACUCUGAAUUAGGCAAACAUUUUAUUUUAAAACAGUAAAAAGUUUGGUUUUUACUUUGGUUACAAAGACAAUGAUAUAAAAUUUAAAAUGAACCUCUUACUUGUACAUAAAGUAAAACAUGUAAUUAAAGAAAUGUAAAAAUAUGUCAAAAGUUAAAUCAUAACUGAGUAGUCAAUAGCUUCUGUUCUUAUGGUUUAUACUUUCUUCACAGUCGCAAAACAAUAUUAAAUUUAAUGACACAGUUGAUACUUUAUCAUAUUUAAAAUUAAAAAGUAUUGUAACGAGUUUGAGUAGAAAAUGUGAUUUUCUUCAUGUUCUCCAUUUCUUAUAUAUUGCAUAAUUAUAUUUUUAAAACAAAUAUUAAAUUUGAUAUAAUUCUAUUUAAUAUUUAUGCAAAUCACUUUCUAUUUUCAACAUGUUACUCGCAUGUCUAAUGUAUUUCUUAUUUAGUUUUAUUUCUAAAUAUUUUUAUUUUCUAUCUAAAAAAAGUUUUGAAGCAAAUAAUUAACUUGAUAUAUUCUCAGACUCGAAUGGUUCUCCUGCACUCAACUUGUGGACUAUACUUCUGCCGGUGAUAGUGGUUAUAAUUAUUAUAGUGGUGGUUUUAAUAUUCUGGUAAGGAUAUCUAUUUUUUAAUAAUGAAUAGAUAUCAAAUAAUAUUUAAUAAUAUAUGUGUUUGUUUUGGAAAAAUUCGUUACAAAAGCAUGUUGCAGCUAUCCAGUAUUGUUACAUUGCUUACUUCUUUAAAUGAAUUAAAUUAUGUGUUUAUAAUUAGCAUGGGAAAAAUCGUGACAUUUAAAGGGAAUUAAUGUUUUAGACAUUAUUAACAAUUUUUUUUUUACCUGGUAUUAUAGUAUUGAUAUGUUACAAGUGCAACUAAAACCUAUAUAAAGUUAUGCAAGAUCUUUGGCCUCUGACAACUAGGUCCAGUUCCUGCACCUACCAUACUACUUGCCUUGAAAUCAGUAGUAAAUAUUAUCGCUAAGAAGAAAAGGCACCCCCAGUGUUUGUCUUAAAACUUCAACAUUUCACAAAAAUAUGAGCUUUUAUGUGUGUUUGACAGCCAUAUUAGGAGAAAAAGUAGUUACAUUUAUAUGAUUCUAUACAACGCAUUGGGAAUCAAAGGUAUUAGGCCUUGAACAAAAUAUUUAGAUGGCGCUCUGAAAGAUAUUUACAUUGACAUCAAAGUAAUAUAUGUAAACGUCUGUCACAUGGUACAUUUCUAAGCUGUAUCGCAAUUGAUCAGCAACAACUAAAAACAAAAAUAGAAGAAAAAAAAGUAGAAUUAUGAUAUUCACAAUGAAUGGAUACAAGAUAUCAAUAGAAUUAAACAAUUGAAGGUCUUUCUAUGGUAAAUAUAUCACAUUUAUUACAUAACACUCUUUCAAGACUGAGCAACAAUCUACAAGUUGACAACACUGAGCUAUCACUUAGCGGUAAAUCCUAAAAGUAUGCCAAAAUGUACAGACCGAUUUCGGAUAAAAGAGAAGCUAUAAAUAUAUGCAUUUUUCCGUAAGAUUAAUGCCUUCUAGCUUAUGGAUUAGUCAGCAAAGACCAGAAAAAUGUGUGAGCAGGGCUAGAUUAACACAAGGUCGAGAUGUACUUACAAACAUAUAUUUCUCAGACAUGCCAUUUAUUGAGAAGUGAUAAAUGUAUUUGAUGGAUUGAUUGAAUACUUAUAUAGCGCUAAGUAUCCAAGCUAUUUUAGCAUGCUUACUGCGCUCUCAGUGAUGGCAUCCUGGGCGUCGCAGGGGUGGUCGGAAUGAUUCAUUGUUUCGAUGUAUGCCGGCUGUAAGGGAUGCCAUCUCCGGGUUUGAAUUUAGAGUGUCCAUCUCUUUUAAAUGAGUUGCCGACCAAGGUUAACGAGUCCCAUCUACCGGGGUGUUGGUGAGGUUUUUGCUUGACUGGGAUUCAUCUCUCGACCACCAACUUGAGAUUUGCUCAGUUUAGACCACUCGACCGCACGGACGUAAAAAGACUAUGAAAGAUCAUCAACUGACUUUUAUUUUCUAAAUUCUCUGGAGGGACGACGACAUAAUUUUUUGAUGUCUGUAUAUUGAUAAUUAAAAAUAUAGAAACAACCUUUCAAGUGCUUAUUCAGUAUUUUAAGGAGCCUUUCAUUUAAUUGUUGAUAAAUUGUGGUAAAAUAUCCUAGGAAAUAUUUUUGUAUACGAGCCAUAAUAACUUUAAACUAUAAAAAAUAUUUACGUGUAAAAAGACGCCGUAAGAAUAACCGUCAAAGUAUCUUGUGAAAUGUCAGAUCGCAUACGUAAGCACUGAAUGUAUAUUUAUGUGCUACAAGAAUGCUAUCAAGAACAAAUAGGAUUAAAUAAGAAAAAGUAAAGCUGGCAUUUUUUUCCAGGUUGCUAAAUUAAUUUAAAGUUAAAAUAAAAAAGGAUGAAUGGUUGUGAUAAUAUUUUUGUUUAAAGUUUAGCUCUAGUCAGAAAGCAUUAGAAAUAAUAGAUGAAGUGUAAAGUACUUCCGACCUAGAACCAAAAAAUUAAGGAAUUCGUCUUGUAGCAUUUAAGAAGUUACACAAGCGUCUCAUGGAAACGAAAAAAAUGAGAUAAAUUCAGGAACUAUGAACAUUUUAGCUAAUUUCUUUUGCAUUGUUUUAAAACUGAACAAUCAUGUGGAGAUUGUUUUUUUUCAUAAAAGAAAAAAGACUUCUUUGUACUUAAGUAAGUGCUAUGUGUUUUUAAGGCAGCAACUGUUUCUGUGAAAAGGACGAACAAUGGGCAUACACUUCUGAUUUUCCACAAAAAUGUCUUUUUAAUUCUUUAUGAUUUUAAACAUAAUAGGUUUAUAUUUCUUGUUUCCAUUUAGCUAUGUGAAGAAACAAACUAUAAAGAAGUGGUUCAAGGUAAUUAAAAUUUAAAUGCAUUUUAAAACUUAUGGAUUACUGAAAGAAACCUAUUCAAUAAUUUUUUAAAAAAUCGUAAAUUUCCUUAAAAAGAUUACUGAUUUAAUUGGAUGUAAAAUGAAAUAUACGCCCAAAGAACGGUAUGUCUUGAAUUACACCAUUGAUUACAACUGAUAUAAUCAUUACAGUUGUUUAUCAAUAUAACAAUUUUAGAUCCAAUAUUUUGAAAGCAUAAUUGCCGUAGUGGGUUAAGUAAGUUAUUCUAAACCAUUGUUCUUACAACGUAUUUGAUUACAUUUGAUGACCUAAAUCUAGAUGAUCCAGAUGAAAAAGCACAAAAAGCAACUCAUAGUGCUUUGAAAAGUACAAAAAUUAUAGCCAAAAAAAAAAUAUUUAAAAUGUAUCUACAAUAAGUUGUUGUUGUCUUUAUGAAAACUUUUCCAUGUCUUGAUAAACCUCAAAUCUUUUAAUUUUCUUAAACUGUUAUGAAAUGUUAUAUAGGAUGUAAUAGAUACAUUAAAAAUAAAAUGAAAAAGUAAUUGCUGUAUAAUACAUUUGUGAUAGUUAAUUAAUUCAAUUAUAAUAUUUCAUUGGAGAACUAAUUUAUUUUUACGCAAUUUUUUACAGAAAUGGAAAACCACGCUACGUAAUUCUUUUGCAAAUUUGCGUAAAGGACAGAAGGUACUGCAAAUAAUUUAACGACAUUGUGAAUUUAAAUUCAUUUAAUUAAAAAAAAAAUAAGGACACUACUAAUAUCAUUGGUAAUUUCUAUCCAAACUCUUCUUUAAUCAUUUAUUUUAGUGCAGAGGAGGAUAGGAUCAUACGAACAUUUCUCUUAUUCCAAUCAUUUCUCUUUCUAGUACCCAAAUAACGUCACUUUGGAGAUGGCUUCUGUGGGUCAUCGAGUUCACACUCAUAAUAACCCCCCCCCCCGGCACUCCCUCACACGGGCCAACGCCGGGUCUCCCCGACGCCAGACCGCGUGGAACCGCGCCAGGAACCUCCCUCCUGGCCUGAGCGUCGUCCGGUCGACUGAAGACGCUGCGUUUCCAGCGUCUGCGGUCCACUCUCCUAUUGGGUCUGGACGGCUUUACUUCCUCUCCGGGGAAGAGGUUUUGCGUUACCUCACUCCACUGCCCAGGGAGCUGUUCGGUCGGGACGUAGCGGGGACAAAACGGUCGCCUUGGGGCGGCUUUCUCAGGGCCGCGUAUUUUUAAUCACUGGCCCCCACCCAUUGCCUCAUACCCAUUAACGGCAACAAGCAAUCAUGUUAGUGCGAGCCUUCUGUUGUGUAGGAAGUCAUGCAAGUGGGUCGGGAUUUUUUAGCCUCGCGAGGUUCUCCCCCCCCCCCCUUACUAGUCAUCCACGCCAUGUAGAGGCGAAAUCCCAUGUGGCACACCGGGCAGUGGUUCUGCUCCGUGGUCUAGAGGCGUUAGUACCCACAUAGAUCAUUCGAUAAGUAAAUUUAAUGAUCUCUGUGGUUGAUUUCAAGUCGUGAUGAUUAAACGCUCUGUAUUAUUUUUUAAUGAAUUUCAUGGUAACUAUUAAUAUGUGGUUAUUAAAUUAUGACAUGAAACUAAAUUUAUAGUUAUAAUAAUGUCUUUUUUAGAAAUAAUGUCUUUCGCCGGGUCAAUGUCUAUUGUAGGGACAAUAUUUAUUAAAGGAAUAAUGAUAAAUAUGUUGACAAUGCCUAUUGUUAAGAUAAUGUCUAUUAUAAGGAAACUAACUAUUGAAGGGAGGAUGUUUGUUACAGGGGUAAUUUCAAAUUUGGUGGCAAUGUUUAUCUUAAUGAUAAUGUCUAUUGUAGGAAUAUGUCUAUUCACCUAAAAUAAAAGUUAAUCUGAUUUCCGUUUAAUAAUUUUAUAUUUUUAUUUUAAAUAUCUAAGAGUAUUUUUAUACCUAAGAUACAAGUAGACCUAGAAAUGUUAAUAUAUUUAUAUUUCCCUUUUUUCUAGCAUAAUAGCAAAGUAAAACAACUCUAUAACGUGAAGGGAAUUAUUUGCUUUUAUAGUUCUUAUUAAGUGCAGAGAUAAAUCUUCAACAAGACAUCAUCGAAGACUUCAAUAUCUCAAUUUUUAACUGGAAUUAGAUAUUUUGCAGCCAUAAAGCUAAUAUAUAUAUAUAUAUAUAUUUAUAUAUAUAUAUAUAUUUGAAUGAGCUAUAGCGAUAUAGCGCCAAAGAACCUAUACGAUUUAAGUAGGUUUGGAUUCCAAAAACAAGCAAAGUUAUUUUCUAUUAUUUUACGUAAAUCUAAUAAAUUUAAAUGCUUAAAAAAUAUUUUAAAUCCGCGCUUACUUUAGUAAAAAUUUAAGAUUUAUUAUUAUAAAUAACAAAUUAAUUUAAAAUAUCAAAAAAGGAAAUACUUUAAGUAUUUUAUCAGAAUGUAAAAGUUAUGAAAAUAAUUAUUAAUCAAAAUAUUAUUAUCUAAGAAUUAUUUCUUAAUCCCAUUUAUGAAAACCGAAACAUCUGUUUAUCUUAGUGUGUAUUUCAGAGCUUUGUUAAUAUUGCAAAAUAAAAAUAAAAUAUAUUUGAUUUAAAUAAUUACGCAAAUGACGUCAUAGUGCGAUUGCCUAUUUAAGCCACAGAUCUACAUUUCUUUGAUUUUAUAAUCGUGCGUAACAAAACUGACGAUAUAAUUUUCCCAUCUUAAAAGUAAAAUUAAUAGUUGAUGAUUUUCUAAAUUGCUAAAAUUUGCCUAAAUUAAAUAAUUCAAUUUGGAGAUGGUGUAGGUGGAACAUUGAGCGUGAGCUCUUAAAACCCCCUCCAGCACACCCCCACACGGGACGACGCCAGUCCCCCCCCCCCCGCUACACCUCCCACUCGAGCUUAGAGAAUGUCCGGUCGACCAUACACACUCCAUCAGAGCAUGGACAGUCCACGCUCCGUGGGUCAGUAACCCCCCCCCACCCCCCCCCCCCACGGGACGCCCCCAGCCCCCCCCCCCCCCGCUACACCUCCCACUCGAGCUUAGAGAAUGUCCGGUCGACCAUACACACUCCAUCAGAGCAUGGACAGUCCACGCUCCGUGGGUCAGAACAGCUUUUCUUCCUCUCCGGGAAAGGGGGGGGGAGAGGUGUUGAACUACCCUCCUCCACCACCCAGGGAGUUGUUCGAUCCAGAGGUAGCGUUGCGGGGACGAAACGGUCUCCUAGGAGCGACUUUCUCAGGGUCGCGUUUUUAAAUCCUCGGCAGGGGUUUUGCUGCCACCCAAGCAUCAUAUCCAUUAUCGGCUUAUGUUAAAUACAACAUUAGCUUUGCAUUUUUCUCAUUUAAUAAGUUUUUACUUUUUAUUUUUAAAAAAAGUACUUUGAUGAAAGUUAAAAAGUUGUAAAAAACUUAACCUCUACAUAUAAUUUAAAAUGUCGUUUAAUGCAAUUAGUGCAGCGAACCAACACAUGUGAAAUGAAAACAAAAAAAUAUUUUGCGUAAAUAAGGGGGUUGCAAUAUCAUGGAUAUAUAAAAAAAAAACCUCUGUUUGUUACGGGGAGGGGGAUAGUUUCAACAGCCCAAAGCUGCACAAGAUACGCCACAGAAUUAAUUUGACCGAUAAUUAACCUUCUAAGGUACAUAUAAAUAGGGGGUAAGAAAUAGAGUGUUCAUAUUUUUACUUUGAUGACAAUAUCUUUAAAUCCAAUGAUAUUACAGUUGUCAGGAAUAAAUGAUAUAGUCUUAUUUUACCCAUUAAGACAAUUAAUGAUAAAACGUACUUACAUUUACACAUUUAUACCAAUGAAUAUCAAAAUCCAUCAUUUUACACAAGCAAAAAUGUAAUUCUAAAAAUAGAAAUAGGUUAAGACUUUCUUAGAUAGAAAGACAGACAGACAGACAGACAGACAGACAGACAGACAGACAGACAGAUAGAUAGAUAGAUAGAUAGAUAGAUAGAUAGAUAGAUAGAUAGAUAGAUAGAUAGAUAGAUAGAUAGAUAGAUAGAUAGAUAGAUAGAUAGAUAGAUAGAUAGAUAGAUAGAUAGAUAGAUAGAUAGAUAGAUAGAUAGAUAGAUAAGAUGAAAGAUGGGUGGAUGAAUAAAUGGAUGGAUGGUAGACAUAACGCUUCCUUGAAUAGUUGCGCAAAAUAUAUAUUUUAUUCAGUAAACUAUGUAUAUACAUGUAACGGAAUAAACACAAUCAUUUUGAGAAUUAACUAGCGUGGCAAUGGUAAAUGUCUUUUCGUCUAUAAACCAGAUGCUUGGUACACUUCUCUGAUUAUUAAAUUCUUCAAGUAGCUGCCGACUGCGUUGCACGCAUUUCAAUUUACCAUUUUCAUGGAGCAUCUGCCCGAUCACACACUUGUACAUUUUAAGUUAUAAAUCUUGCUUUACAAUAGGACGAACCGAAGACCGUGGUAUAAGAGUCUCUCUUUCUAUUUCCCGCGGACUUUUGUUACUGUGUCAUCAUUUUGACUGCAGAUAAGCUCACUCAUCAUUUAAUGUUCUGUUGUGCUCUAACAGUCUUUGGUCGACCACUUCCUGUUUUGCGUUGCGUUGAAUCGUCUUUGUCAAUUUUAUAGAUAACCCGACUGACACUUGCUAUGCUCCUGGCUUUGUUUGGAAUCUCGUUGGUCAUUUUCCUAGCACCCCAAUGAUUUUCCAUUCGCGAAUUUUUAAUCAGAAUACGGUCUUCUGCAGUAAUUUUUGUCAUUCUUGGCGAACAAAUUUAAACAAGCAGACGACGUAAACAAUUGGCAGAUUAAAAAUAAAAAAUAGCGACCGGAAAUAGUCGCAAUAAUGACGUCAUAUAGCUAAAUAUGUAAGUAAGUAAACCAAUACACUAUUUUAACUAGUAUGGGUUUUUUAAACUAAAUUUGAUGUGAUUAAAUCACAUUUUACGAGAUGUUCUCACUUUUAUUGGCCCACCCUGUAUAAGAAAAUUAAUGUAUGUACUUAUGUCCCGUAUGCGCUCAUACACUAAUAAUCCAAUUGCGAUAACUUUUUAUGAGUUUUUGUGUAAACGCCAGUACAUUUUUCUGAAUUAUUACACACAUUUUAAAACAUUCCGUUUUGGACCCAGGCCCUUAAUUUUGUUUUCUGUCUUAGUGUCACGAGCUAAAUAUAAUUUCCGUAGGAUUUGCUUUACCAAUCAUCUGAUUGCGUUAAAAUUUUGUUAGAUUGUUGUGCACAAGCCCUGAAAUUACGUUUUGCUUAUAGGAGCUAAAACAUAUAAUUUCAAACAGAGCUAUUGCAUUAGUUGAUGGAAUGGAAUAAAAUACAAGCGACAUUUCAAUUGGUGUGACAUAAUAAUUAGGUUCCCAAAUAAGUAAAAAAAAAUUUACAAAUAGCCUUUUGGGGCUUUUUGCAUAUAUUUUCAAACAGAACUGCUGCAUGGGUGCAAGCGUUGAAAACCUUCAAAUUUAUUUGUGUACGCAUCAGACGGAAAAAUAAAUAUUUCUAUUUAAAAAUUACUUAAAAACGUAAUUAAAACAAAAACUCUUUUUUCUUUGAGUGGCAUUGCAAUGGACAGGUAAAUGGACAGGUAAAUAAUGGGAACAAACAUAUCAGAUCCCGCAAGGAAAAUAAAUUAUUAAGUUUGCUAUUAGAUUUAUCUCAAGGUUAACUGAGAUUCCCUUAUGUUCCAUUUGACACCACUAGAUGAAAAAACGCAGACUGAUUUCAUAAUCAAAGAAAACGUUCAGCGUAUUCUCUCCAUAAUUUUUAUAAGCUUUAUCUAAAAUUUCUCAGUUCAUUUUUUUGUUUGUGGUGAUAUCGUACAUUUUCAUUUUCACCAACAUUCCGAUUUCCAUUUGAGCUGAAACAGUAUAAAAUUGGUAUAAAAAGUUAAAAGUAAAAAAUGAUAAAAUACUACAAAAAAACAAUGAUUAAAAAACAAAUGUUCCUGGAGUAAAAAAAUCCCCCCAAAAUUUGCGAGUUAUUAUAGCCGUAAGACUAAAAACAUGUCGUACAUUUAUAUCAUACCAUGACAUCGUAUGACUUUUUAUUAGGUUGCUCUGUCCGUUUGUUAGUUUGCUUGUGGUUGAAUCUUGCAUCUUAAUUUUGACCCAGUUACUGAACCAAUGAAUAUUGAUUUCCUAGGACUCCCACGAUUUUUUAAUCACAUGACUGUAAAAUUAAUUAAUAUUGACUCUGACUUAUAACGUAAAAACAUGCAUUGCUAUAUUAUUGGUAAUAGAUCUUUUGUAUUAGAAAAAAAUAAAAAUAUGUCCAAUAACUUAAAAAUGCUUUCAUAUAGGUCAGGUUUAUGUUCACAUUUUGUUAGACCCUUAUCUUCGCGUGAUAUAAUAAACACUGACAAACUUACUUUUUCUUCAACAUACAUUUGAAAUGCUUUGCUAAAUAUCUUAUUGUUUUUAAAAAGUUUAGCUUACUUCAAAUCCAUAGAAAUUCUUACAUAUACGAACAUACUUUUUAAAAAAUCGAAUGAAUCCACAUUUUCUUUACAUAUUUCAGCCUCAAGUGUCAGUUGUUGUUGAAGGGGAUCCAACAUUAGAUCAUAAUGAAGACGGAGAAACUGCUGGAGAGGUAAUAUAAUCAACUUUAUUUUAAUUAAAUCAUGCUUAUCUUUCAAAAUUUUAUUUUAAUUGUAUAUGAAGCUCACAUUUCUUUAAUGAAUUUGAAGAGGCUUUGUAUACUAUGAUUUUAUAUAUAUAUAUAUAUAUAUAUAUAUAUAUAUAUAUAUAUAUAUAUAUAUAUAUAUAUAUAUAUAUAUAUUAAAAAAUAUAUAUAUAUAAAAAUUUAUUUUUAUUUAUAAUAUAUAUAUUAUAUGAAGCUCACAUUUUUUUAUAGAAUUUAUAGAGGCUUUGUAUAUUAUAUUUUUAUAUAUAUAUAUAUAUAUAUAUAUAUAUAUAUAUAUAUAUAUAUACAAGUAUAUAUAUAAAUGUAUAUUAGAAAAUCGUCAUAUAAGAAGUGUUGCUUACCUUUAUAAUAUAUAUAAGAAUGAGCCUUUUUAAUCACAUGACUGUAGAAUUAAUUAAUAUUGACUCUGACUUAUAACGUAAAAACAUGCAUUGCCAUAUUAUUGGUAAUAGAUCUUUUCUUUGAGAAAAAAAAUAAAACUAUGUCCAAUAACUUAAAAAUGCUUUCAAUUGGGUCAGGAUUAUUUUCACAUUUUCACCUUCGCGUGUUAUAAUAAACACUCAGACUGACAAACUUACUUUUUCUUACACAUACAUUUGAAAUGCUUUGCUAAAUAUCUUAUUAUUUUUAAAAAGUUUAGGUUAGCUCAAAUGCAUAGAAAUUCAUACAAAUAUCAACACAAUAUAAAAAAAAAAUCGAAUGAAUUCACUCAAACAUUUUUUUAAAACAUUUUUCAGCCUCAAUUGCAAGUUAUUGUUGAAAGGGAUCAAACAAGAGAUCGGAACGAAGAUAUAGAAACUUUUGGAGAGGUAAUGAUAUCAACUUUAUUUUAAUGAAAACAUGCUUAUCUUUCAAAAUUUUAUUUUAAUUUUAUAUGAAACUCACCUUUUCUUAAAUGAAUUUGCUGAGGCUUUGUAAGCUAUGAUAUAUAUAUAUAUAUAUAUAAGUAUAUAUAUAAAUGUAUAUUAGAAAAUCGUCAUAGAAUAAGUGUUGCUGAUUUUUAUAAUAUAUAUAAGAAUGAACUAAAGUGACAUAAUGCCAAAAGGGAGAUAUGAUUUUGCACGUUAGGAUUCCUAAAGACAAUCAUAGUUAUUUUCUAUGAUUAUACGGAAAUCGAAUAAAUUUACAUGCGAAAAAUAUUUUAAAUCCGCUUUUAGUUUAGUAAAAGUUUAAUUAUUAUUAUUAUAAAUUACAAACACAUUUAAAGUAUCAACCAAGGAAAUAUUUUAAGCAUUUUAUAUGUGUUUAAAAGUUAUGAAAAAAAAAAUUAUGAUCAAAGAAUUACACCUUAAUCACAUUUAUCGGGAGAACCUCAACACCAGUCAUUUUUAGUGCGUCUUUUAGUACGUUGUUAAUAUUACUAAAUAACAUUGUAAAUUAAUUUGUUCUAAAUAAUCACGCAAAUGACGUCAUAGCGCGAAUAGCUUAUUUCUCCAAAACUCUUAGGUUUCUUUAAAUUUAAUAACCACGAAUGAAAAAAAAACUGAUACUGUAUUUUCCCUCCUUAAAAGUAAAAUUAAUAAAUACAAUUUAUUGCUUUUAAAUUGUUAAUAAAACACACACACAUACAUUUCUGCUGUGUAUAUUAACAUUAAAAGUUCAGCCUUUUUUAUUGAAAAAUAUACAUUUAUUAAAGUUAUAACGUAAUAAAAACUAAACUUUAAAUAUAAUUCUAAUAAGGAAAUGCGGUUUAAGUCAAACAGUACAUCGCUAAUCCAUAACUAAAUAGCAUUGACUAAUCCACUUUUAUUUAAAUUUAAAAAAAACGAACCAUAUGAAGUGCACAUUCUUUUAGUUUGGGUAUGGAAGGGACUACAUUAACUACAAAAUUCUGUCCCUAGCCUACAGCUGCAUAGAUGGGCCAGCACGGAAUAUCUCAAGAAACUAAUUUAUAAACAUGUACCUCUGAAGAGCCUGUGUCUUCAACACAGAACUUACCGAGUGUUUCUAGAGUGGAUGAGCACAGAAAAAAGUCUUACGGAGUGCGCUCUUUUGAAGCGAUAGCGCAAAAAUUAUGGAACAGUUUGCCUCAAACGUUGAGGGGAAUUGAAAAUGAUAAAAAAUCAUUUAAGAAACAAUUAAAAACGUUUUUUUCCAAUAGAUUUCCAAAGACCAGAGAGCAGUGAGCAUGCUAAAGUGGCAUGGAUACCAGUGCGAUAUACAUAUCAAAUCAAAUCAAAUUAAAUAAUCUGGUAGAGAAUUUUUCUAAAUUUAUUUAAAUCUGGGUGGGGGAGAGGUUGGGCACUUUGCCUCAGGCAGCACAAGAUGUGUCUCAAAAUAAAGAAAUGAUUUUGAUAUAUAAUUAGUUUUUUUGGGUAAAUACAUGUCGGAGUUUGGAAAGGAUGUAUACAUUUUCACGUGGAUGACAAUAUAUUGAAAUCAUUUAAUAUUUCAUCUAUUAAAAAAGAGAUGUUAGACACUAUUUUUACAAAUAUAAGGAUGUUUACCAAUUAAGAAGAUCACUGGUGUAAACAAAUCUUGGGUAUAAUUAUAUAAUUAUACCCGUGCAUAUAAAAACCAAUCAUUUUACAAAUUUGAAAAAUUAAUUUUGAAAAAUAGAAAUGGGUUAAUAUUUACUUUCCAAACAUUAAAAUAUAUUUUUGUUUUUACUUUACAAAAAGUAAAGAGAAUUAUAUUUCAUGAGAUUAAACAUUUAAAUUUAAAAAAGACAACAACACUCAAAUCUUUUAUAGACGUGAAAAAUGGUUUCUAGAUUCUUCUUUAGAUAAAAGAAUUCUUUGUUCUAUGAUUUUCUAAUAAUAUAUAAUUUAAAAAAUGCAAAAAGGUUUGAAAAAUGUUGCUGAAGAUAAUCAAUAUACCUUGAUAUCGAAUUCCUAUAAUAUAAAAUAUUUUUAUAUCAUAUUUAGAGUUUUUAGUGUUAAUUUAAGGCAAUUUUUUAAACAAUUUUUAGAGAAAAAAUGUGUAAUUCAAGGGAACGAAAAGGGGUAAAUCUUAGGUAUUUCUGUAACGUAGUAAUUGUCCCUAAAUUAACUUCUUAGUGACAAAAGAGAUAUAAUUAGUAAUAAUUUAGACUGUGUAAUUUAAGGUCAUGUUUAGAGUGGAAAAAGUAGUUUAGGAGCUUGAAAAAAAGUAGGGUAGGCCUAUAAUACAUAGUAGAUGAAUACUUCUAAAAACGUAAGGAUGUUAGAAACGUAAAUAUCAAUACAUAUUUAAAGCUAAUACUUGGGAUGAGUUUUUGCAAUAGCAGUUAGAAACUAUCUCAAAAGAUAUACCAUUAUUAUCCUGAUAACAUUGGGUCAUUUAUUCUAGUUUUUAACAUUUUAUCUGUGUGAAGAUUUGACUUGUAGAACAAACAAAACGUUUCAAAGGACCGAGAAAAAUGUCUUAUAAGAAAAAAGAUACCAAAGCUAGUAAUACUAACUAUAUUCAAUUCUAUUAUACUAUAAAAUUUCUAUACAAAUUCAAAUACGAAUACAGAAACGAAACAUCUUUUUUAAAAGCAAAUUAAAAUAUAUUAAUUGAUAAAAUAUUAAUGUACACAUUGAAAAUUAUAUAACGUCUUGUAUAUGUCAGGAAAUAUUGCAAAAAGUUUCAUUGCUCUCUCUCAUCCUCUCACUAUCUCUCUCUCUCUGUCUCCCUGUCUCUCUCUCUCUCUCUCUCUCUCUAUCUCUCUCUCCCUAUUUCUCUCUCUUAUAGGAAAAAGGAUUAAAUCAGAACGAUCUUGUAAAUAUUUUUUUGAAAUUGCGUCACAACAAAGAAUUCUUUAUAAAAAAUAGAACGCACUCGAACAUAAACAAUCUUUUCCCAAUUUAGAGUAGGGUUGGUAACGAAUGACACAGCUAAUUUACUAUGUGAUGUCAAUAUCAAGGCAAUAAUAUGGAGACACUAGUGUUGAUGGCUAAAAAUAAUCUUAAACAUAUGCCAUAACAUAAUUUUGAACAUUAAGGCUUUUUUUACACUAAACUAUUAAAAAUUGAUUUAAUUGGAAAUCGACAGGUAAAAACAACAAUAUAUAACUAGCAUUAGCUCUCUUACUUAAGGAUUCUUACCUCCUCCCCGUAAACUCUCUAAAUAGAAUGGUAUGAAUCUUUGUAUCUGGCUGGAAUUUGUUUUUAUUCCUUGCAAAUAUAUUUGUAAAAAAUAUUAAUAGAAAUUAUACUUAAAAUGGUAAAAAAGAAUACAAUAUUGAUAAUUUGAACAUUCGUAGUAAUAUAGAUUUAUAUCAAUACAAUUUGAAAACAUCAAAUUUUUAUCCUUUAUAAUUUUACACAUAAAUGUCUUUAGUAAUUGCCUCAGAAAUUGAAGUAUAAUUAUGAUUUUUACAAUUUUGUUGUUUUGAUUUUUAGAUGAGAGAUUAAAAAUUAUUUUGUAGGAAACGAAACUAAGGUGUAAUAAUUUUAACAAGGGCUUGACAGUGAACUGAAAACAUAAAAAUGGCUUAGAUUAUAUUCACUAAAAUGAUAUUCUUUAUCCCAACAGCUGGGUAAUUUUGUCUUGGAUAAUGUCUUGGAUAAUGUCUUGGAUAAUGUCGACAAUAUAGAACCAGGGGACAGAGCUAAAAGCACAGAACAAGAAAGGAAAGCACUGAUUGAUAAAUAAAUUUUAAAUGAUAAUUACAACCAAUGGUAACUCAGAAUAAAAAACAAUAUUUAUACAAAUAGUUUUCCUAACUUUCUUUAGACCAGCCCAGUAUUUCCAGAAGGCUUCCAGCACUUGAGGUACUCAGGAAAAAGCGUGCUGCCCGUCUAAAAUGUGGUUCAUUAAUUAGGCAAAUAAAAUGAAAGAAAUGUGGACAAUUUAAUAGUUUAAUAAUUGUUAACUGAAAUUCGCUCCAAAAUAAAGUUCAUAAUUAUUUUUAAAACGUUUAGCACAUGUUCUUUAAACGAGUUCACCUUAUUCAAUGUAAGUCUGGUUCUUUCACUUCUUAAAAUUUCAAAUUGUGACAUUACUUUCCUUUCUAUCGUUGAUUCAUUUAAGAUCAAUACAAUUAAAUGUAACUUUAUUAAAUGUACGUCCCUCACUUGGACCGUAGCACCUAUACCUCACAGUCCCAGAAACCAGUCACGUUUAUCCCGUUCUCAACAACCUUAAAUCUCAAUAUUUUUUAACAUUGGAAAAAUACUGAAAACUGAAAUCACUGGUAAACUCAAUACUGGUUGUGCGAAGGAAGGAUAAGGAGUUAUUGGUGUUGUGGGAUCGUAGAUUAGUGUGGGUAUGGAGAUCGGUAAGAAGGUAGGAUGAGUUGAGGUUAGGGGUUGUUGAAAAUUUAGAUUAGUGAGAGUUUUAGGUUUUGUGAGAAUGUAGGGUAGAUUAGAUUUUAAUAUCGUGAUAUGGGAUACAUUCAGUUUGGGGUUGUCGAGUUGGUAGGAAAUGCUGGUCUUGAGGUUGGUGAUAUGGUAGGAGCUGGUAUAUAUCUUUUGGGGUCAGAGGAUAGAGUGGACUUAAGGAUCAUUGUGAAAGUAGGAUAAGGCCGAUUUUUGUUCAAUGGUAUUGUUCGAUAAAAUAUAUAGAGAUUAUAUUUAAUGAAUGCGAAAAGUUAGUAUAAGGUGGGCUAAGAGCUGGAUUAAUGUUAGUAUAUGUAAUCUUUGGUUUUGAUGAGACUACGAAAGAGAGGUAUUGUUUUUUUUAGAUCGUAGUCAAAAUUGGUUUGCCUGCCAUGAAAUAUUGGUUAGAAAAUGAGAGACAUUUUGAAAAAGAAAUUGUUUAAACGGAAGGGUCGUUUUUUAGUGAAGCGAAAAGAUACCGAAGUGAGAAAAAAGGUGUAUUAUAAAAUGUGCUCAAGAAUAAAAAUAAAAAAAAUAUUUUUCUGUAAUCUUGUUUGGAGGCAUUUACCUUUAGACUAAAUAAAUUUAAAAGCUUAAAGAGCCGAGCAGUCAGGCAACAAAACUUCGUAAUGAAACUGGUCUGCAUGUACUUAGUUCAAAGCAUUAUUUCACAUGCACAGAAAUAUUUGUAAACCAGUUAAGAAAAUUAUACAUAUAAUGUAAGUAUACAUUUAGCGUUUAAUUUUCUUUAAAAUCUCGCUUAGGAAAAGCGAUAAUAAUUAAACUAGCAGUUAGGGGUUAUCAUACUCUAGGAACUAAGGUUUCUCGUGGUCAGUUUUAAAAUUCAUAUUAUAUUAAAAGUAAAUAUCACUAUUCCUACUUUAAAUUAAAGAAUUAGCAACAAAAGUUAGAGAAUGAAGAUUUAAAUAAAAACUUAUGAAUAUUGUUU